AUGUUUUGCUUGGUGGGGGCAGAGGCAGUGUUGUCCGGCAUCCCCGAGCCUCUGCUGGGGAUCGUCCUCGGCCAGCUCAUCAACGAGCUCAAUGAUGUCUCCUGCUCCGCGACGACCUACGACCCAUCCUCCGUCCGCACGAAAGUCCUCUACUUGAUCUACAUCACCAUCUUCAACUUCGCCGCCAUCUACAUCUACGCCGCCUGCUGGGCGCUGGUGAGCGAGCGUCUGGCCCGCCGCUACCGCAAGGCGUACUUCCGCAGCUUGAUCCGCCAGGAAGCCGCGUUCCAUGACACGUUGCCCUCGGGACAGGUCGUCUCGCGGCUGGUGAGUGACAUUGAAACAGUGCAGUCGGGGACCUCGGAGAAGGUGGGCAUAUACAUCGCGACGCUGUCGUAUUUCAUCACCGCGUACAUCGUGGCCUUCAUCAAAGUGCCCGUUGUGGCGGGGAUUCUGAUCGCCAUCGUGCCGUGCUUCUUUGCGAUGUCGCUGGUGGGAGGCCACUUUACCUCGCGGUAUGGCAACCGCGUCGGGAAACAUGUCGAUCGGGCGACGUCUAUUGCUUCGUCCAGUUUGUCGCAUCCCCGCAUCGUGCAUGCUUUCAAUGCCCAUCGGCGCCUGGAGGAGCUGUUCUCUUCGAAUCUCUUCAGUGCGCGCAAGGAUGCACUGAAGAAGGCAGCAGUACAUGCGGCCCAGAUGGGGUUUCUGUUUUUUAUUGUGUACUCCUCCAAUGCCCUGGCGUAUUGGAAGGGUUCGGACCUGAUCGCGGACUACAUUGAUGGUGUGGGCUCUGGGGUCUCCCUUGGGGCUGUGUACACCGUGAUCUUUAUUCUCAUUGAUGCCUCCUUCAUCUUGAGUCAAGUCUCUCCGUACAUGCACGUGUUCAGUGCUGCUGCGAGUGCAUCCGAACGAUUACUGGAAGUCAUUAACCGUGACUCCGCGAUCGAUGGUACUUCGGAGACGGGGCAAAAGAGGAUAGAUCUCGCUGAUAAGGAGAUCAUCUUCGAAGAUGUUUACUUUACAUACCCCGCACGUCCUACGAACCCCGUUCUGCAAGGCGUUCACUGUAUCAUCCCCCCCAAAAAGCAUACAGCCAUUGUCGGACCGUCGGGAGGUGGGAAGUCCACCAUCGUGGCACUCCUGGAGCGCUUCUAUGAUCCAUCGUCCGGGAUGGUCCGGAUUGAGAGUCAGGAUAUCCGUGCUUUGAACGUGGCAAGCCUGCGCGGCCAGUUGGGAUUCGUCCAGCAAGAAUCCCAACUCUUUGAUCGGUCGAUCUUGGAGAACAUCGCAUACGGGCUCGUCGGGUCCACAGCGCACGAGAAUCUGACGGAGGUGAUUCUGGAUAUGAGUCUGUCGGGUGUCGUGGAGCAGAUUCAAGCGGGAACUCCGGAAAAGGACGUUUUGACUGCUUGCGAUCCCAGAAUUGCCGAGAUCGUUCGUCGGGCGAAAGAGGCUGCUGACAAGGCGAAUGCAUUGUCGUUUAUUGAGGCCCAGCCCUUUGGGAUCGCGACGAGUGUUGGGACUGCUGGAGGUCAACUGAGCGGUGGUCAACGGCAGCGCAUUGCUCUUGCAACCGCCCUUGUUCGUGAGCCCAAGUUACUUGUACUCGAUGAGGCAACCGCUGCACUUGACUCUAUCAGUGAACGCUUGAUCCAUGAGGCCCUCCUCAAGGUGUCGGGGACUACUACGAUCGUCUCUAUCGCGCACCGGCUGGCGACGGUCAAGGACGCUGAUCAAAUCAUUGUCAUUGAGAAGGGCCGGGUGGCUGAGUAUGGUUCUCCUCAAGAGUUGAUGGAAAGGAAUGGUAGAUAUGCAGCCAUGGUUGCACAGCAAAAGUUGGAUCAUGGGGAGUCACAAGAGCUUGUGACGGCAGCUGGCAGCAUGAUUGAAAGAUCUGACAUUCAGAGUCCGCUGGUUCCUGUCACUGAGAAAGACAACAUCCACGAGAAAGAUAAGAUCAACGCGACCGUGCAAAACAAAUCGGGACCGGAGCAGGAGGAUCCCCCUCACUCGAGAUGGCUAACCUUGAAUAUUUGUUUCUCUUUCAUCCGCCCCAACCUUCUUCUGAUCGUACUAGGUCUGGGUAUGUCGGUCAUUAUCGGUGCUAGUUACAGCUCAAACGCGGUUCUAUUCGGCAAUACGCUGGGAGCGCUCAGUCCAUGCAAGGGUACUCCCAGCAUUAGACACAGCGGGAGUUUCUUCGGCCUCAUGUUCUUCAUUGUCGGGCUCGUCGAGUUCUUUGCCAAUAUCAUUGGUGGCUGUGCCUAUAGCUGGGCUGCUGAUCAGACUCUCUAUCGCAUCCGUGUUGCUUCCUUCCGCUCCUUGCUUGCCCAGACUAUAACCUGGCAUGGUACUGACGGACGCAGUCCAGGAACGUUGAUCUCGUACCUCACCGGCGAUGCUUCAGCUAUCAGCGGCCUGACUGGAACAACCAUUGGUCUUUUGCUAGCAACGACAGUCAAUUUAUUUGCCGGCAUUAUCAUCUCGUUCAUCGUUGCGUGGAAGAUAUCCAUUGUCCUGCUGCCUACCAUCCCUGUCCUCUUGGCAGCCGGGGUCAUGAAGCUCCGUGUGCAGAAUCAAUUCGCCGAGCGGCACAAGAAAGCAUUCUCGCGGGUUACCGAGAUCACCGUCGAGGCGCUGGGGAACCUGCGUUUUGUGGCUGGAUUCUCGCUGGAGAAACAGCUUUACCGGGAAUUUAUCCACGCGAUUCAGGGGCCAUACCAGAGGACCAUGAAGGCUAUUGCUUGGGGCAACUUCUGGCUGGCCACUGCCUUCAGCGUCAGCAAUCUGAUCAGCGCCCUUGCCUACUGGUGGGGCUCCAAGCAGAUUGCCUCGGGUCUCUACUCCCAAACGCAGUUCUUCAUUGUCCUGCCCGCGUUACUCUUCAGCACCCAAUCCUGCGGCCAGAUGCUCGCCCUUGCACCCGACCUCUCCAAAGCCGGCAAGGCUGCUUCUCGCAUCGUGGACUUGGUAAACACUGACUCCGCGGAGAAGGAAGCCCGAACGGACACGCACAAGGAGAUUAUCCCGUGCGGGGAGAAGUCGGAUGUCGACGUCGAAGCCAACCCAGCCUUGAUGCCCCCUUCUGAAUCGACAGCUUCACCUACCCCGAUUGGCGCCGAGCUGCGUCACGUGCACUUCUCGUACCCUACCUCGCCGGACCUCCCCGUCCUCCGCGGCCUGAGCAUCACCUUUGCUCCAGGGGGGUUCUACGCCCUCGUCGGGCCCAGCGGGUCCGGUAAGUCUACCAUCCUGGCCAUGCUGGAACGCUUCUACUACCCGUCCUCCGGAGCCAUCCACAUCGACAAUCAGGACAUCACCCGCCUUCGCUCCACGGACUUCCGCAACGAGAUCGCCCUCGUCCCGCAGGAGAGUGUGCUCUUCGAAGGCAGCGUAGCCUUCAAUAUUGCCCUCGGCGCGCGGCCCAAUGACACACCCACACAGUCCGAGAUCGAGGCCGCGUGCAAACUCGCUCAGAUUCACGACGUGAUCAUGGACUUGCCGGACCAGUACGAGACGAUCUGCGCCCACAACGGGAAGCAGUUCUCGGGCGGCCAGCGGCAGCGGCUGGCGAUCGCGCGGGCGUUUCUACGCAAGCCCCGGCUGUUGCUGCUAGAUGAGUCAACAAGUGCAUUGGACGGGGAGUCAGAACGGCAAAUCCAGAAGGCGUUGCAGGGGUUCGUGGGGAAGACGACGAUCGUGGCGAUUGCGCAUCGACUGCGGACGAUUUAUCGGGCGGAUCGGAUUUUCUUGAUUGAGGAGGGCCGGUGUACGGUGCAGGGGACGCAUGCGGAGCUGGUGGAGCGGAGUGCUAUUUAUCGGGAGAGUGUGGUUCAUCAGUCGUUGGAUAUAUGA